GUCGAAGGUUGAUAGCACGCCUUACAACUAUAAAUAGGUGCAACUGCUUUAGUGCACGCAUUGCAGUUAAUUGUAGCAGAACAAACGCAAUAAACAAAAUGAACUCACUGGCUGUGGUUUUCUUUUGCGUGGCGAUCACCUCGGCUUCCUGUUCUGCCAUCUGGGGAGGUGCCGCAACUCUGGUUGGACCAGCAGCUGGUGGUGCGACCCUUAAAGGACCCGCUGCCCAAGCUACUCUGGUCGGCCCCGAUGGAAGUGCAAUUUCCGCAGGUGCUGACGCCGGCGCCCUACUUGCCGCCCCAAGAGCUGGUGGAGCUAUUACUGCCGCAGUUGCUCCAGGAGUAGUUGCUGCUCCAGGCUUGUUGGCACCUCCACUACUACCUCCUGUAGCUAUUGCCCCCGCUCCACUUCUUCCACCAGUUCUUCCUCCAAUUGCCCCAGUUCUUCCAAAAACUGGCACCCUCAUCGACGGUCCUUCCGGUACCAUUAGGACAUCUGGUUCAGCCAAUGGCUUGAUCGCCGCUCCUGUAGGCCCAGUUGUUGGUCCUGUAGGUCCCCUAGUUGCUCCAGCACCAGCUAUCAUUGCAGGUCCGGGACCAGCUAUACUUGGACACUCGCCCCUUCUAGGACCCGGUCUCCUUGCUGGAAAAAUAAAAGCCUGGUAAAAAGACUGCUGUGCAAUGGACGUAUAAUAUGCAAACCAAAUUUUAUCUAGCGACUGUGUAUAGUAUUUUUUUAACAAAUAAAUUAUGAGAAAAACUA